AUGAAAUCUAUAUUUCGUCCUUCUAGAUUGUUUUUUAAGAACAAACGUCUCUCUACAGCGAAUAACAGCGUUACUGUGCUCUCUUCUGUUACUAACGCUCCAUUUUCUGCGUCUUGCCAGUCCGUUCUACGAGCUGUAUCGAAAGAGAGACAUUACGUUAAUAGAUACUGGGUUACACUACCACAAUCACGUCGCACAUGUAAUGCGGUAGUACUUCCUGGUGAACUUCCAACUACAAUACAUCUUAACGUAGAAAAGGUUGUUCCUUUUUCUGUACUACCAAAAAAUGUACAGAAACGGAUAAUGGACGAACACCCACCAUUUUUUGGCUCUGGUGUAGGUAUUCUUUCUACUCGCAUGAAGUGGAAGACUGUAACAGCUGAGCGUCUACUGCGACUAUUAAAUGAAAAAGACGAGGACCGUGCACUCUACAUUGAUGUUUCCAUUAUUCCUGAGCUUGGUGUUAAAUUGGAAGGAAAGAAUACAAUAGAUAUUAGAAAGCAGAGUUCUAUUUCAGUAUACAGUGCUGAGCAACUAGACGACCCAUAUAAAGGGGAACCACAAAAAGGAGUAGCAUUAAAUGCAGUAACGGGAAAAAGACUUGGACAACCAGCGCAUGACAUCCUUUUGGCUGUCGGUAUAAUGCGGGGAUAUAUUUCUCCUAUGUGGGUACCAGAAAAACAAAUUAAACAUCUGAAUGUAGAAAUACGAAAAAAUUCUGAAGGUGAUGGUGUAUUAGCUCCAAACAUGACGGGGUUGAUAGUAUCUCUUUCACAACUGCCCAAGGAUGCACAUGAUGAGUUGCUAAAGGAACUACAUGAGUCCCAUCCUGAUGCCUUUGGUUAUGACUUGUAUUAUCUCUAUAACGUAAAUGGUUGGGAAGUAAUGCGAUCAAGGGUAAUUGUAAAAAAUAUGGCUGCAAUAGGUGACCCUGUAUACCCAUACCAUUUUGUUAAUAUCAGAGAUUUAGGAUUACAAAAACCGAAGUAUGCUGCUUUUGCUCAACGAUGUGAAAAUAAAAUAAAACCAUUGAAAUCAAAAAAUUUGGAAGACGAUUCACAUCAAGGUGAUGAAAAUAAUGAUCUUUCUAAAGAUAUAGAUGGGCUCGUUAUUCAAAAAUUCUCACCCCCACGUGGGUCUAAAAGGAUACAUAGUGGGAUAAGUGCUGCUUUUUUUGCUGAGGAUGCCACACUUCGACGAUACUACAAUGCGGUAUGUUUGACACAACCACAUUUGGCUGUUCCUGCAGUUCGUUCUGUUGCUAUUUUAAAUGGUAAAUUAAUUGGUCGUCGUGAUGAGGCCAAACUUCGUGCCUUUGCUCUCAAACACAAACUUUCUAGUCCUAUUUGGGUAACAACAAUGGGUGCCAAACGUAUGGGCGUUGGUAUUGAAAAAAAACAUCUUAAUAAGUUUGUUAUGAUAGGUGCUGGGGCGGUAGAUGAUGAUGCUGGUGAUGAUUCUAUUAAUGAAUUCUAUAACCUGGACGAUUUUACUAACCCUGAUGAGGUUCUUUCUAUAUUUCCAAAAAAAAGCAAAUCAGUUCACUUCAUGCUAGAUUCUAAGUGGCGUCCUGUUAUGGGCAAACAGCGUCAGGAUUUCUUAACGUCUCUCAAGCGCUCAACUCCACUUUGGGUAUCAGUUAAUGAAUGUCUUAUGUCAGGUUUUGAACCCAAACCUGGAUCUCUACCCCUAUCGUUUCCAUCACGGAAGAAGGGAGCUGGCCCAUCUGGUGGGAAUAAGUUAUACAAUUCUCAGUUCACGACAGAUCCUGUUCGUGUUAUUGGAUUGGCUACAGUAUACACCAGACCCCAGGGAACCACCCUGUAA